GCACGCUUACUGCCACGCGGGGGAGAAGCCCUUCCGCUGCUUCCAGCCCAGCUGUGGCAAGGCCUUCAUCUCCAAGUACAAGCUCUUCAGGCAUAUGGCCACACACUCUCCGCAGAAGACCCACCAGUGCUCGUUCUGUGAGAAGAUGUUCCACCGGAAGGACCACCUGAAGAACCACCUGCAGACCCACGACCCGAACAAGGAGGCCUUCAAGUGCGAGGAGUGCGGCAAGAGCUACAACACGAAGCUGGGCUACAAGCGCCACGUGGCGAUGCACGCGGCCACCAGCGGCGACCUCACCUGCAAGGUGUGCCUGCAGAGCUACGAGAGCACGCCCGUGCUGCUGGAGCACCUGAAGAGCCACUCGGGGAAGUCGUCGGGCGGGGCUAAGGAGAAGAAGCACCCGUGCGACCACUGCGACCGGCGUUUCUACACGCGCAAGGACGUGCGCCGCCAUAUGGUGGUGCACACGGGCCGCAAAGACUUCCUGUGCCAGUACUGCGCCCAGCGAUUCGGCCGCAAGGACCACCUGACGCGGCACGUGAAGAAGAGCCACUCGCAGGAGCUGCUCAAGAUCAAGACGGAGCCGCCGGACCUGCUGGGCCUGCUGGGCUCCAGCUCGCCGCCCUGCGCCGUCAAGGAGGAGCUCAGCCCCAUGAUGUGCAUGGGACCCUCCAAGGACUCCAUGCUGGCCAAGCCCUUCCCCGGCGCCUUCCCCAUGGGCAUGUACAACCCCCACCUGCAGGCCAUGUCCAACGCGGGGGCGCCGCACCACUCGCUGGUGCCCGGGCCCCUGUCGGCAGCCAUGGGGAUGGGCUGCCACAUGGAGACGCCCUCGUCCCUUCAUCACCACCACCACCACCACCACCACCACCAUCACCACCACCCUGCCCCCUCGUCGCACCCGCAGCAGCAGCAGCAGCAGCAGCAGCCGCCGCCGCAACCGCAGCAGCACCACCCCCAGCCGCCCCCGCCCAAGUACCAGCUCGGAUCUACCUCAUACCUGCUGGAGAAGCCCCUGAAGGUGGAGAUGGAGAGCUUCCUGAUGGAUCUGCAGAGCGGGCUGCCCAUGCCCCCGCAGGCCGAGCCCCACGGAGGCUCCCCGCCCAAGGAGGGGCUGGAUCCCCCGCCGGCGCUGCCGGACGAGCUGUGCGGGGACCACCUCUUGUCCAAAAGCCCGGCCGUCAUCGCGGAGUCUCUGUGCGCUGCUAACAUGGACUUCUCCCACCUGCUGGGCUUCCUGCCGCUCAACCUACCCCCCUACACCCCCCCGAUGAGCGCGAGCGGCCUGGUCAUGGGCUACUCCUCCUCCUGCUCCUCGUCGUCCACCUCCUCCUCGCACGCGGCCGAGCCGCACGCGGCGCCACAUACCUCUUUGCAACCACAACCUCAGGAGUCGCAGGGCUCCGGCGGGGGCCUCGGCCUGGGGCCCCUGCACUCGCUCCCUCCAGUGUUCAGCACGAGCCUCAGCGCCACCACUCUGCCUCGCUUCCACCAGGCCUUCCAGUGA